AUGUCGCGCCUACGGCGUCUCACACCGUCUGCGUUGGACAUCGAGAUGCGUCUUCUAGCUCCUUCCAGGGAUGCGUUGGUGGAGGCCUUAGCCGCAAUUGACUAUAGCAAUGGUGGAGGUGUCUCGCUUUCUUUCAAUCCCUACGCUCGUCUCUCGGCUUUUCUCAGCCUCCUUCUUAACAGAUUUCGACGAAACCUAGACUUUGACCUGGCAACAGCUUGUCUGGAGGGUCUCCUUCGUUACCAUGGCGAAUUAAUAGCUCGACCUCCCAAAGCUCCUACCUCGAUCCCCACCAAACCAUUCAGCGCUGACCAAGACGACAGUGGUGAUGCUGGCUCCUUCUGCCUUGGCGACAUGGUAGCAGCGGAGACCGGUUGCCGCAACGAUCAUUUGGAUGCUGAUCGACCGUUGGAAUUGAUGGAGGCGGUGUUAGAAGCGAAACGA